AUCAAUCAUCUUGCUAAAAGGAAAGGCCAACAACCCUCUUUUCCUCGGAGUCCCUCUUUAAUUUGUUUAAAAGGAAGACUUGAAGAUGUUCUCAAAAUUUGAACCUGUGUUCUGGAAAACAAUGCAUUCCCUUCUUUUUUUGAUGUUUUUGGUGCACACCGCGUGGGUGGCAACGGCUAAUGUAACAAAUGGUUGUGCUUCAAAAGUCAAGAACAUAUUCAUUUUAUCAGGACAGAGCAACAUGUCAGGCCGUGGUGGAGUCUUUAAUCAUACCAGCCCAGCAGGUAUGGUUAAUUUGACUUGGGAUGGUGUCGUUCCACCUGAAUGUCAGCCCAAUCCAUCAAUCGUCCGACUUAGCGCAGAACUUAAAUGGGUUGAGGCUAAAGAACCUCUACACAAAGACAGAGAUGUGAACAAAACUUGUGGGGUUGGUCCUGGUAUGUCAUUUGCCAAUACACUCUUGAAGAGCGACCCGAAUAUUGGAGUGAUUGGGUUGGUCCCGUGUGCUAUUGGCGGCACAAAUAUUACUCAAUGGGCUCGUGGUGGUUGGCUCUACAAUGAAAUGAUAAGGAGGACGAAGGCGGCGUUGCAAGGCGGAGGGACAAUACGAGGGAUGCUGUGGUACCAGGGAGAGAGUGACGCUGUGGACCCUGAAGAUGCUGCAUUGUAUAAAGGCAGAUUGAAGAAAUUCUUCAAACAUGUGCGCAAGGAUCUGCAGCUGCCUAUACUCCCUAUUGUUCAGGUGGCAUUGGCGACAGCACCAGGGCCUUAUAUAGAGGAGAUCAGGAAAGCUCAGCUGGGGCUUAAGCUUCCGAACCUGAGAUGUGUUGAUGCUAAAGGGCUACCAGUUGGGCCAGAUUUUUUGCACCUUACAACUCCAGCACAAGUUCAGCUUGGUCUGAUGCUGGCUGAUGCCUUUGUUCGCACUCAAAAUUAAGGAAUUUUCUUAUCAGGCCCGAGGUUGAAGACUGCGGUUCUGUUGGCAUUGAAAGUACAAGAGGCGGGGAUUAAAAUUUAGUCGGCUAAUAUGAACAUUAAUUGACUAAUCCACGAGACAGAAGGAGUAAAAGCAGUAAAGAGCAAUAGUAAGACAUACACGAUUUAUACUGGUUCGAUACCGUUGUGGUACUUACAUCCAGUUCCCUUGGGUCACAAGAGUUCUCUUAAGAUCUUGAAUAAAUUUACACGAUGGUAUCCAUCAAUAUAUAGAAUCAGCAAUUGAGUUCUAAUCAAGUGACACAACUUUCUUUUGCACUCUAGAUCUCUCUAUCUUUUGAGAUACUGAUAACUCAGAAUUACAAUGUUUGAACUAAGAAGUAGACAGAUUUGGAAUGCUCUUUUUGUAGUUGCAAGGUCUUCUUCUUGAGAGAGCUUCCCUUUUAUACCAGAGAAAAGAGCCAUUAAAUCUUUAUUGGAAACAUGAGGCUCAAAAUCUUUGAUUAAGGGAUUUGACCCAAGAGAUACUUCUUUGAAUCUUGCUCUUUGACUGGCCCAGACUCGGAUGUGACCUUUCAUGUUCCGGCUGAUUUCAAGGAGCAUAUUCUUUGAAACUGGAAUGGGUUCCCUUGAUUGAGUCAAAAAUGCUUCUUGAUUGACCAUUAAUGAUUGUAACUGAAUAUUCGUUCACUCCUUAAGUUGAGCUGCCUCUUAAUGAUCAUUAAUGCAGUAACUAAUUCUUCUUUC